GCCCGUUCCAGAAGGAAUCUACCACCUAAAGUGCUAGUUCAGAAACAGACAAAAAUAGAGAGCCAUAACUCUUGCUUUCCCCUCAUCACACACACACACACAUGCCCACACCCACAACAAUGAACAUUUCGAUCACCCUUCUUCUCUUUCUUCUACCAGUUCUCUUUUUAUUAAGCUGGAGAAGAAGAGGUUCAUCAAGAAAGCUACCUCCAGGUUCUUUGGGAAUUCCCAUUAUAGGCCAAAGCCUUGACCUGCUGCGAGCCAUGAGGACAAACACGGGAGAAGAAUGGCUCCAAGAAAGAGUGAGGAAGUAUGGACCAAUCUCGAAGCUCUCUCUCUUCGGCAAACCGACCGUGUUCAUUCAUGGGCAAGCAGCGAACAAGCUUGUAUUCUCUGGAGACAGCAGCAAGAUAGCCAACAAACAAACAGCAUCCCUCCGCGCUAUUCUAGGAGACCGCAAUCUGCUGGAACUCAGUGGCCAAGAUCACAAACGCGUGAGAGACUCUCUGGUGUUGUUCUUGCGACCAGAAUCUCUGAAGCAGUACGUGGCGAAAAUGGAUGAAGAAGUCAGAAAGCAUAUCGAGUUGCACUGGCGGGGCAAGGAAAAAGUUGCGGCAUUGCCCCUGAUGAAAAACCUUACAUUCAACAUCAUAUGCUCUCUUCUCUUUGGUAUGGAGGAAAGAGCUGAAAAAGAAAAAUUCUUGCAAAAUUUUCAAGAAAUGAUAGAGGGAAUGUGGUCGAUACCAAUAAAGCUGCCGUUCACUCGCUACAGUAGGAGCCUCCGUGCAAGCUCCAGGGUCCAAGAUCUGUUGAAGGAACUUGUACAAGAGAAGAAAGUGAAACUAGAGCAGCGUACUGCCACUCCUCAACAAGACUUGAUCACAUGCCUGUUAAGUAAGCGCGAUGAAGAAAAUAAACGAGUUGUGACUGACAAGGAAAUUUUGCACAAUAUCAUGCUAGUCAUGGUUGCAGGACAUGAUACCUCAUCCGUUCUUAUGACUUUUAUGCUGCGUCUUCUAUCUAAGAAUCCUGCUGUUUAUAAAGCAGUUCUUCAAGCCUCCUUUGCUUUUGCUGAACAAGAGGAGAUAGCAGAAAGCAAGACUUCAGGAGAACCUUUAACUUGGGAAGACCUUGCCAUGAUGAAGUACACAUGGAGAGUAGCAAUGGAAACUCUGAGGAUGGUUCCACCUGUUUUUGCUGGCUUCAGGGUAGCCUUAAAGGAUAUUGACUAUGGUGGAUACCUCAUUCCAAAAGGCUGGCAAAUCUUCUGGGCAUCAAGCAUGACACACAUGGAUGAGAACAUAUUCCCGGAGCCAUCAAAGUUUGAUCCUGCUAGAUUUGAAAACCAGACGUCAGUACCACCCUACACCUUUGUUGCUUUCGGAGGAGGGCCUCGCAUAUGCCCAGGACAUGAAUUUGCAAGGAUCGAAACCCUUGUUGCCAUCCAUUAUCUGGUCACUCAGUACUCUUGGGAGUUAUGUUCAGAUGAUCAUUACAUUAGGGACCCUGUGCCAAUACCUACUCAAGGACUACUGCUCCGGAUUGUGCCAAAGAAAGAGAAAUGAUCUUUCCUUGACUAUCCAGGACUUCCACUAUGCCAGCUUUUCAGGACUUAGCUACAUCAAACAUCCUGAUUGGUGGAUAAAAGUUGAAGCACCAUUAACCCAAUAAAGAAGCCAGUGCGAGAAACUCUUCUGGACAACAUAA